CCUGGAGCUCCGCCACAUGAGCUCCGCCACAUGAGCUCCGCCACAUGAGCUCCGCCACAUGGCGCACGAUUUGGCCACAAGUCCAUGAGCCAUUGCCUCAUCUGUAUUGGGUACCCCACCCCUCUCCAACUUGUAUCGCGGUAGCCUCAAGUAGCUGCUGUUGCAAGAGCCAGACGACUUUUGCCCUCUCGCGCACUUCCUCCCUUUCCCCUGCACUUUACACUCGUGAGGCGGACCAAAGCGGAGCACGGUCGACUUGUUUGAGACAUUUGCGGUUCGGACGUUUGCGGAGCAGUCUUUUAUUUGUGCACUUCUGUUUUUGUCAACCUCUAGCAGAAGACUAUCGCCAUGAUUAUGACUGUUAACAUGCGAUGGGCUGCAGUGAUGGCGGCGGUGGCCGCAGUUCUGGUGGUGCUAUGCGCUGCGCCGGCCGAGGCCGCUGACCCGGCCACGGUCCUGUUCAACGCGGUCGAUGAGGACAACUCGGGCUCGUGGUCCGAGGAGGAGCUGACCGAGCUGAUGGAGAAGCUUGGCCUGGCCAAGGCUGGAGCGCAUGAUGACCAUGACCACGACAACGCGCACGCGGUGCGGGUGUCGCAGGCUGCGGCGUCGAGCCCGCUCGAGGCGCACACCCGGGCGCUGGCGCUCGACGAGUGCCACUCGGUCGACGAGCUCAUUGAGGAGUACGAUACCAACAACGACACGCUCAUUGCGCCCGCCGAGGCAUCGCAGAUGUACCCCGCGCUGCUGGCGCUGCAGCAGGCCGGCCUUUGCGCCACGGCGGCGACCGACUCGCACGCGAGCUGCAGCAAGCCGGGCAAGACCAAGGCCUGGUUCGGCGCGCUCGGCGCGACCUUGCUGGUCUCGCUCAUGGGCGUCCUCGGCAUUGUCAUCUUUCCGAUUGUGCAGAAGCGGUGGGUGCUCUCGGCCCUGCUUGGCUUUGCCGUCGGCACGCUUGUCGGUGACGCUGUCCUCCACCUCCUUCCGCACGCGCUCAACGUUGGCGACAGUGACGACGGCCACGCGCACGCCAACCACCCCGCUGACAGCGGCAAGAAGUAUCUCGGCAUUGUCGGAACGACGGCGGCCUCGGUCUUUUUCUUCUUUGUGGUCGAGAAGAUCAUCCACUCGAUGGGCGGGCACCAGCACUCGCACGGCGAGCCGGGCCAGGGCGAGCACUCGCACUCGCACGAUGGCAAGGUGCUCUCGGACUCGGAGAGUGGCGAGGUGAUGGCAUCUGCGGCGCUUGUCACUUCGUCGGGCUCGUCGGACUCGGUCUCGUCGGGCUCGGGCUCGUCGCAGCAGGAGUACAUGUACGAGUACUCGGAGUCGGCUGAGCUCCAGGAAGAGGCUUCGUACUCGUCGUACUCGGCGUCGGCCAUGGAUGCCAAGCUUCAGACCCGUGGCACCAUCUUCCACACCCACUUUUGCUACUCGGUCAAGCCGUACGCUUGGCUCAACCUCAUCGGUGACGGCCUGCACAACAUUAUCGAUGGUCUUGUCCUCGGCGUCACCUUUUCGUCGUCGACCUCGGCCGGCAUUGCCACCAUGAUCGCCAUCAUCUUCCACGAGCUCCCGCAGGAGCUCGGCGACUUUGGCGUGCUGUUCAAGGCCGGCUUCUCCCGCAUUGCCGCCCUCCUCUUCAACCUUGCCACGGCCGCCACCGCCUUUGUCGGCUGCCUCAUCGGCCUCGCCAUCGGCCAGGAUUACGCGUCUGCCAACCCGUACCUGCUUGCCUUUGCCGCCGGCUCCUUCCUCUUUAUCGCCCUCAGCGACCUCGUGCCGCAGCUCAUGCACACCUCGUCCAUCCGCCUCACCCUUAUUGAGAUCGCUGGCAUCCUCCUCGGUUUUGUGGUCAUGCUCAUCAUCGCCCUCACCGAGGACGAGGACGAGUGCUCUGGCCUGUAAACACACGUUACGUCGACCCCGAUCUUGGUAGCGUUGGCCUUUAAGAAACUACUGC